AUGGCGGGAAAGGUGUAUAUCGUCGGCGGUUUUAACGUCUGCUCUCACUUGUUCUCAUUGUCUCUAAUGUAUGGACUCAUAGGCAGUGAAGUCUUAAGUAAUGCCGAAGUGUACGACCCAUCAGUCAACGAGUGGACUCUUAUCACUCAAAUGGAAAGACCCCGAAGUGGUGUCCAAUUAGUUGCUUUCGAUGACCAAUACCUGUUCGCAAUUGGAGGCAAUGAUGGCACCGCACGACAGACCAGUUUAGAGAGAUAUGACCCCAAAACCAGAGGUUGGACACUAAUGACUGAUAUGUCGACCCCUCGCUCUAACUUUGCUUCGGUUGUCCUCGAGAACCAGAUUUAUGUGAUCGGAGGCUUCAAUGGAACAACAACUAUAGCCGAUGUGGAGGCCUAUAACCCGAUGACCAACAGUUGGCAGGAAAUGUGGCGAAUGGCUCAACACAAGAGCGCGUUGAGUGCGUGUGUUGUGAGCCAACUGUCCAACAGUCGGGCCUAUACUUGGCUGAGACGGGAGCUCAUCGACAACUCCACUCAACCCGAGUCCACUCGAUCUCAAUGUUCGCUCAGAAGACCAAUCAUUCCCACCGUUUAG